CAACGCUGCUGUGGGUAUCAAAACAGCUCCCACAUUCUUCUUCAACAGCAGAAGUUCCUUCAUCAAUCGUGAUCUGUCUACCCACACGAGUCCCAGUCCAUCUUUCCAUCCGUACCAUGAUCAACAGCUCCCAGCUAGACGGCGUAGCACUGGUCGUCGGAUCUGGAAGGGGCAUUGGAAAAGAAUCCGCCUUCUCCCUUGCCGAAGCCGGAGCCAGCGCCGUCAUCUUCGCCGACAUGAAUGAAGAAUGGGCCAAAGAGUCGUCCGAAGAAAGCAAAAAAUACGCCACGAACAAAGGCUAUCGCACCGCCACAUUCAAGAUGAAUGUGCAAGACGACCAGUCCGUGCAGGACAUGGUAGACUUCGUGGUCAAGGAGUUCGGUCGUCUCGACUACGCCGUCAAUGGCGCGGGCAUUGACAACGGCCCCCACGCCGACAUCGCCGACACCGACAUCGCCAACUUCGACCGCGUAAUGAGCAUUAACGCUCGCGGCAACCUCCUCUGUGUCCGCGCCCAAGCCGCCGCCAUGCGCGCCCAAACCCCCAAAAUGUGGACCUCACGCAACGGUACGCGCGACAUUGGCCGCGGCGUCAUCGUCAACGUCGCGUCUGCCAACUCCUUCGCAGGCCUGCCGGGAAAGGGCUGCUAUACCAUUUCCAAGCACGCCGCCAUGGGCGUUACGAAGAUGGCGGGAUUGGACCAUUCCGCCGAGGGCAUCCGCGUUCUCGCUGUCUGCCCAACGUGGGUGCGGACGCCCUUGUUGGAUGUCGAAUUGGCGCGUAAUCCUGAGGUUAAGGGCCAGAUUGCGGCGGUCGUGCCCAUCAAGCGCGCGGCGGAGUGUGAGGAGGUUUCGGAUGUUAUUUCUUUCUUGUGUAGCCCGGCGGCGAGCUAUAUCAAUGGCACUAGCUUGCUCAUUGAUGCCGCUGUGACUACCACGCUCCGACUGUACUAAAGGCCAUAAGGAUCGGCUCAUUGCUCGCCGGCAACUUGUAUCUAGUCUUCGUGUUAGUGUACUGCACUGUAAUUAGCUCGCACGUAUACAUUACCUCCGGGGCGUG